UAGAGUUCGAGUCACUGCUCCGCAGGCCUGAGGAUCCGGGGCAUGAGCGGGGUUUGGGGGGCCGGAGGGCCUCGGUGCCAGGCGGCGCUCGCGGUCCUGGCCUCUCUGUGCCGGGCCCGGCCGCCCCCUCUCGGGCUGGACGUGGAGACUUGUCAGAGCUUCGAGCUGCAGCCCCCGGAGCAGAGUCCAAGCGCGGCCGACUCAGGCACCUCUGUCAGCCUCCUCGCCGUGGUAGUUAUUGUGUGUGGUGUGGCCCUGGUGGCAGUUUUUUUCUUUCUCUUUUGGAAGCUGUGCUGGAUGCCCUGGAGGAACAAGGAGGCCUCCAGCCCUUCUUCUGCUAACCCUGCUUCAGAGAUCCUCCAGAGCCCCAGCUCCAGAGGCAACAUGGCGGAUAAGCUGAAGGACCCCAGUGCCCUGGGCUUCCUGGAGGCAGCUGUAAAGAUCAGCCAUACUUCCCCAGAUAUCCCAGCCGAGGUGCAGAUGUCGGUCAAAGAGCACAUCAUGCGCCACACAAAGCUGCAGCGACAGACCACAGAACCAGCCUCGUCUACCAGACACACGUCCUUCAAGCGCCACCUGCCACGGCAGAUGCAUGUCUCCAGUGUAGACUACGGCAAUGAGCUACCGCCAGCCGCCGCUGAACAGCCCACCAGUAUUGGCCGUAUCAAGCCUGAGCUCUACAAGCAGAAGUCAGUGGAUGGGGAUGAGGCCAAGUCUGAGGCCGCCAAGAGCUGUGGGAAGAUCAACUUCAGCCUCCGCUAUGACUAUGAGAGUGAGACCCUGAUUGUACGCAUCCUGAAGGCCUUUGACCUCCCUGCCAAGGACUUUUGUGGAAGUUCUGACCCUUACGUUAAGAUCUACCUCUUGCCUGACCGCAAGUGCAAGCUGCAGACCCGGGUGCACCGCAAGACGCUGAACCCCACCUUUGAUGAGAACUUCCACUUCCCCGUGCCCUAUGAGGAGCUGGCUGACCGCAAGCUGCAUCUCAGUGUCUUUGACUUUGACCGCUUCUCCCGCCAUGACAUGAUUGGCGAGGUCAUCCUGGACAAUCUCUUUGAGGCCUCUGACCUGUCCCGGGAGACCUCCAUCUGGAAGGACAUCCAGUACGCUACUAGUGAAAGUGUGGACUUGGGAGAGAUCAUGUUCUCCCUCUGCUACCUGCCCACAGCAGGCAGGCUUACCCUCACGGUGAUCAAGUGUCGCAAUCUCAAAGCAAUGGACAUCACGGGCUACUCAGAUCCCUACGUCAAAGUGUCCCUACUAUGUGAUGGGCGGAGACUGAAAAAGAAGAAAACAACCAUAAAAAAGAACACCCUCAACCCUGUCUACAACGAGGCCAUCAUCUUUGAUAUCCCCCCAGAAAACAUGGAUCAAGUGAGCCUGCUCAUCUCCGUUAUGGACUAUGAUAGAGUUGGCCACAACGAGAUCAUAGGAGUCUGUAGAGUGGGGAUCAGUGCUGAAGGCCUUGGCAGGGACCACUGGAAUGAGAUGCUGGCUUACCCACGAAAGCCCAUCGCACACUGGCACUGCUUGGCGGAGGUAAAGAAAUCCUUCAAAGAGUGGCAGGGCCGAGCUGCCAGUUUCGACAGCGAGAGCUCAUGCCCAUCUCCGAAACCACCUCCGACACCAUGAGCUGCACAGCCCAGCCAACGGGGACUCAGCAAUGUUAUUUCCGCACUUGUUCCAGUAUCUAAACACAGUGUUUGUGCAGUCACGGCGAUGGCCGCAGCAGCAGCCACUGCCUGCCAGCCCAUGGUCUUCACUGCUCUCGUGCAGGGCAAGGCCCAGACACUUGUCCUGUGUGAUCAGAUCUGUCCUAGUCUUUUCUGUCUCCCAAGGUGACGUUUUUGUGGUUUUUCACUUUGUUUGGGUCUACCGUCGAGGAAGAAAUAAAAACACAACGAUUCGAGAUACAAAACGAAGAAUGGAGAGCCCGGAAAUUGGUUCUGGGAAAUACAGUGUAAGAUAGCAGUCUUGUGGGGGAAAACAGACUGAAUCUCUGAAAUUUUGUGCCUCCAUCAAACAUUGACCCCUGGAGAUGCACCAGAAGGAUGGAGCUGUGGCUGUAUUUUCAGUGCCCUCCAAGAAUGGAACCUAUCAAUUUAGGAACCUUUCCAAGGUGAAUUAUCUUGGUGGAAGCUCUUCACGGCUGUGACACAAGACAAGAUGUGAUCCUCUUGUCCCGUGUUGAAAUCAUGAGACCUCUGACAUGUUUGUGACUCUGUUUGUAGGGGAAUCCUUAUUCCCCUCUUUGUUGGCUUUCCCCAACUGGGAACAUUUUGAUUCCUCGUGGGAACUUCGUCACUUUCCUUAGGAACGAUCCACUGAAAGUAGUCACACCGUAUGUUUUCUGACACUCCACAGUUAAUGAUCACUGUGUUGUUUGGAAACAGGAUCUUAGUUCUCAAAAAUAGCCUUCAUUGUAAAGAAAGGAGGCACAUACGUUCCAGAAUGAUUCCUGUGUUAUACAUAGCUUUAUAAUUCCACAAAGUAUCAAGCAGCUGUUUAAAAUGCCUAAACAGAGCAAAGAAAAAUCUAGACAACACGUUCUUUUCUGAAUGGGGCAUUUUGAAAUCCAAACCACACUUUUGAGUCUGCCGUCUAUGAAGAGUCUUCUCUUAGUUGAAACCCAGUUAGCCAGAGACUAGUUCAGCCCCACAGACUCUGGGACAAUAACUUACUUUAAACUUUAGUUCUAUAAAUUAAUAAGUAUUCUGUGUUGUUUGUUUCAGUCAUAGUGAAAAGAUCUUUGCUUGUUUGUUUUUCCAUUAGAUCUCUACCUUAGGCCAAAUUCAGUCUAGAAAACAAAAAUGAAUGACUGUAUUUAUAACAGCACAUUUCUACGGAGUGACCAGUGGCCUUCCCACCACGCCCUGUAAGCACAUGAACGUGAGUUUCCACUCCAACUUGUGGCUACUGUAGGACUUGCAUGAAGCAAGUCAGCUUGGAAAAUCCCUUCUUUCAACAACAGAAGGACAAGAACACAAAAGCUAUCUGCAUACCUCGUGUCUUACACUUUACAUAGGCCCCAUGCUCUAGGAGUAGCUACCUAAUAAAGUCACCACCAUUUUAAGUCAAGCCCCAAGUUUCUCUGCUGCCCUAACUUUAUGUAGUGUCUGUUAACCAGAGGAAUGACCGGAUUGGAGAUUGAGCUAACAGGCUAUUGUGGCAAGAAAAGCGGUCCAGCUUUCUAGUAAAUGCAGAUGAAUCCUGACUCCACUAGUAUGAGCCUUUGGCUAGGGACUGGUAUGUAAAGAUGAUUUUUCUCUCCAAAUAUUUUACAAUUGGUAAGUCUUUCUAGCCAGGCAGUGCCCUGUUUGGAAGUUCACCCAAGAGGGAGAAAAAUCACAAGGUCAU